CCCAAGGCAACGUAUACCAGCAGUUUCCGGCGAAAUCUGAAAGCACCGACCUCAGAUCCCGCGAAAAAAUUAAUCCAGCCCCAAGCAGGGAAAAUGGCAAGGAUUGAGCAGAUCGAUGAUGCGGACAAGACGAAGAAGAUGAAGAAUAGGAACCAUGGCUCUACCAAGUUCUUCGUGUUCGUCGAUUACCUUUUCCUCUUCAUAUUUUUCGCCUUCCUCUGUUUCAUCGUCCUCAAGAUUUUGGGAUUUGGAUUUGGAUUUGGAUUGAGCUGAUAGGGGCACAUGGGGAUGAAAAGAAUCGCGGUUCUCUGGUUACUUGUAUCGUUUGUUUAAUCUGCCUCUGAUAAUUUCGUCUUACAUCCUUCCCGUGAUGCACUGCCAUACCCCUCGGCGCAUAGGCAAGGCUACUCGGCCGAGACCCGGCAGAUGCCUACUCGGCCUCAGCCUUGCGUACCAUGAGUACCGAGGGUCUGUCACAUAUCUCUUUUGUUUCAUCUGAUUUAUUUGUGUUGUAUUGCAAUGAUCUUUCUUUUUGGAGAAUCUAUGUAAGAAUCUUAAUCCACUUGGAACAUUCCACGACGAACUGGGGAACUACUACUUAGAGGUUUGGGUUUUCUUUAGCAUAACAUGUGUUUCCAUGAUUUGAGGCAAAGUCUGGUCUAUAUAUGAAAGAAUGAACCAGACAUUUUUGGCCAUUUUGGUCGCUUUCGCCUGUCUCUAUGGGUGUAUCGUGAUUUUGGACGCCUUUUUCUCCUCAGUUACCAGUCAUUUGAAGCAUUCACUGUUGUUUUCUACAUGUUUUUUUCAAAACAUUAUGUUUGUUUUUAGAAUAGGAUGCAAAUAAACCCCCUGGAUUUCAUCUCAAGACAGACUUAGAAACGAAAGACACCAUCUCUCUCUCAAGCAAAGAGAGGACAAACAGGACCGUGAAGAAAUAGCUAGGCACAUUACCUAGACAGUGCAAUGCACUUGAGAAAAGGGAAGGAGAAGAGUAUACUUUCAUGAGAGAGGGGGGUCAUGGUAACAUAUUAAGAGCGGAGGGUUGAAUUGGAGAGAGUCAGAAGAAAGAAUUGUUAGGAUCUUCAAUAUGAGGUUUGAAGGCAUCCACCAUUGAUUCACUCAUUCAAGGUUUUGUGUGCUCCUUGGUCUUGGGGAGUGUCCUCUUUCGAGAGAAACUCUCGUAUGAAAUCCAUAGCAAAAGGAUGGUGAAGAAGGUGCAGUGCCGGCUGAAGCUGCUCAGGAACAAGAGGUACGCCAUUGUGAGGCACUUGAGGGGAGAUGUAGCUCAGCUUAUCAGAAUGGGAGACCGAAAUCGAGCACUCAGUCGGGCUGAGCAGCUCCUCAGAGAUGAAAACUUGAUGGCGGUUUAUGAGUUGUUAGAUCACUUCAGCGAGUUCAUCAUCAUCCAUAUGCCCUACAUUCGAAGGCAUAGAGAAUUGCCUAAUGAUAUCAACGAAGCAGUUUCGAGCCUUGUAUUUGCCUCUUCAAGGUGUGGAGACAUACCCGAGCUGUGCAGCAUCAGACAGUUAUUCGGACAACGUUACGGGCAAAGAUUUCUGGCGACGGCUCUGCAUCUUCUGCCUGACAAUCUUGUCAAUUGCCAGAUCAAAGAGAAACUCUGUGUAGUCUCUGUGCCGGAUGAUGUUAAGUCCAAAUUGGUUGACGAAAUAGCGAGGGAGUACUGCCUCGGUUUAGAGGUUUUGGCUCUUGAAUACACUGCCGGGUUUCACAAACAGGUCAAAGAAAGCAAAAGUGCAGAGAUUGAGAGGAAAGAAAUCAUGAGUUGCUCCGCUGGUUUCUCAGUUGAGAAGCCCUUUCCAUGUCAAGAGCAACAUGCAGAAGUGGACGCUUACGAUGAAGCAGAAGUAUAUAAAUUCACCAUCACGGAGCUUGAUAUUGAGAAAGGUGGAGAAGUGGGGAGGAGGGGUAACAGGGGAAGAGAUGAUACCGAAAUAGCGACGAUAUAUCCCGAGUAUAACAUCGAAGAGUUGAAGGCAAAGGAUCAGAGAAUGUUCAGAUUCGUAGAGAGAGUGAGGGAUAUUCAUGAAAAGAGCUUGGACGAAGUGUCCCAAAGCGAGAAACCUGGGUCAAUCUCUGGAGGAAAGAGUAGGAGAUCAAGGAGGAGAUCAAGAUCAUGGGAGACUGUAAUGAAGAACGACAUGGCAAGCGUGGUGUACUACCGCAGACACGGCUGCAAAAGGCAUCAGAAACAGGUGAAGCCGUACAAUGUUUCCACGUGCCCCAAUAAACAACACUCGACGUCCAACGGGUCAAACUCGUGCGGAAUCAUGGUUCCAAAGCACGUGCAUCCCAAGCUCCCUGACUACGAUGAAAUUGCAGCUAAGUUCAUGGCUCUCAGGAGAGACAACAUGUAUCCUUAUUGAAGUCCUUGGUCAGAAAACAUUGAGAAUUGCUUUGUCUUCUUUAAUUACAAGCACCAUUCAUUCAUUGCGUGUCCGAAUUUGUGGUCAUUUGUUUUGGAUCCUCUUAACAUUUGGAAUUCCAAAUAUCAUUCGAUGUGACAGUACACAUCACAUACCA